UCAUCAACACAGCGGCCGCGGCGGCCACGGCAAGCGCAGGCAGUUCUGUUUCUGGAGUCAGCAAGAUGAGUUCUCGCCACGCCAUAUGUGGUUGUCUCGGGCUGAUCCUUGUCCUGGUGAUCUUCGCCUGCCAGGUGGAUUCUGCGAUACCAUUUCAGAACAACUCGAAUAACAUCACUGCGAUUAAAAAACUUGUGGAGAGGUACAACGCGGACAGGAGCUGGGCGACCCUGAGGGCCGGCCUCACGCCGCUGCUCGCCGCCGGGAGCCCGGCGCGCCGGCAGCUGCUGCGCGUGCCGGACGACGAGCCGUGGCCGCUGAAGAAGCUCAGCUUCGUGCCGGGCCACCUGGAGCUGCUGACGCUGCUGCUGGACGCCGGGCUGGAUGCGGACCUGCCCGCCGGGACGCACGGCUCAACAGCGCUGCACUGGGCGGCGCUGGGCGGCGUGGCCGAGGUGGCCGAGCUGCUGCUGGCGCGCGGCGCCGCGCCGGAUCGCCGCACCUCGGGCGGCGUCACGCCGCUCUUGCUGGCGGCGCGCAAUGGCCACACGGCGCUGGCGGAGCGGCUGCUGCGGGGCGGCGCCGACGCCACUGUGGCGGCGCACGACGGCUGGACGGCGCUGCACUGCGCCGCGGCGCGCGGGGACGCCGGGCUGGCGCGCGCGCUGGUCGCCGCCGGCGCGAAUCCCGACGCGCAGGCGCGCAGUCGCUGGGGCAGCGUCACGCCGCUCGACGUGGCCAGGGCCCUGGGCCAGCGGCAGGUCGAGGACUACCUGCGGGAGCUGGAGCAAGCCGACAACCCCUGA